AUGUCAUCCACCGGAAACUACCGCCGGCAACCGUCGCUCUCGCGGCGGGCGUCGCGCGGCGCCACCACUACCUUCUCGAUGGAGGUGUUCGACAAUGAGGUUGUGCCUUCCUCACUGCAGUACGAUAUCGCCCCCAUUCUGCGCGUCGCCUCCGAGAUCCAGCAGGAGCGUCCUCGCAUUGCCUACCUAUGCCGUGUUUACGGGUUUGAGAAGGCACACAGAUUAGAUCCCAGUUCAAGCGGACGUGGUGUACGGCAGUUCAAGACUAGUCUACACCAAAGAUUACAGAGGGAGGAUGGACCAUCUAUGGAGCGUCGGGUUGAGAAGACUGAUUCGCGGGAGAUUGAGAGCUACUACAAGCAAUAUUACAAGAAAUAUGUUUUGGCACUUAACAAGGGGAACCAAACUGAUAGAGCUCAGCUUGCAAAAGCUUACCAGACAGCUGGGGUGUUGUUUGAAGUGCUUUGUGCUGUUAACAAAACCGAAAAAGUUGAGGAGGUUGCGCCUGAGAUUAUGGCCGCAGCAAAUGAUGUCCAAGCAAAUGCGGAACUUUGUGUUCCAUUUAAUAUUCUUCCCUUGGAUGCAGGCGGGGCAUCACACUCUAUCAUGCAGCUUGAAGAGGUGAAAGCUGCUGUAGCUUCUUUAAGUAAUACUCGUGGCUUGACAUGGCCGUCAUCAUUCGAGCAACAACGGCAGAGAAGUGGGGAUUUGGACCUUCUUGAUUGGCUGAGGGCGAUGUUUGGGUUUCAGAAGGACAGUGUCAGGAACCAACGGGAGCAUUUGAUAUUGCUACUAGCAAAUAUUCAUAUAAGACUAGUACCCAAGCCUGAAGUGCAAAACAAACUUGAUGAUCGAGCUUUAGAUGCACUGCUGAAUAAGCUGUUCAAGAACUACAAGACAUGGUGUAAAUAUUUGGGAAGAAAACACAGUUUAAGACUCCCCCAAGGUCAGCUGGAAGUGCAACAGAGAAAGAUUCUGUAUAUGGGGCUCUAUCUUCUUAUCUGGGGCGAAGCAGCCAAUUUGCGCUUUAUGCCAGAGUGUCUAUGCUAUAUUUUUCACAAUAUGGCAUAUGAGCUUCAUGGACUGUUGGCUGGAAAUGUAAGCAUUGUAACAGGAGAAAACAUCAAGCCUUCGUAUGGUGGAGAUGAUGAAUCUUUCUUGAGGAAGGUUAUAACUCCCAUUUAUCGAGUGAUUGAUAAGGAAGCUAAGAAAAGUAAAAAUGGUACUGCCCCCCACACUUCCUGGUGUAACUAUGAUGACCUGAAUGAGUAUUUUUGGUCAUCGGAUUGCUUCAAAUUGGGAUGGCCAAUGCGCGAUGAUGGUGAAUUUUUCAAAUCUGCACAAGAAAUAAAACAGGGGAAAAAUGCUCCAAAAAAUCUCGGGAAAUCAUUCUUUGCGGAAACCAGAUCAUUUUGGCACAUAUUCCGAAGUUUUGAUCGUCUGUGGACAUUUCUUAUUCUGGCUCUACAGAUUAUGAUUAUCAUAGCCUGGAGUGGUGUUUCUGUAUUCAACGUCUUCCAGCAGACUAAUGUGUAUCGCAUGUCUAGCAUAUUCAUCACAGCAGCCUUUCUUCGUGUAAUUCAGAGUGUUCUGGACAUCAUUUUGAACUUUCCAAGCUAUAUUAGAUGGAAGUUCACCGGAAUUCUGAGGACCCUCCUAAAAUUAGUUGUCAGCUUAGCCUGGGUUGUCAUCCUUCCUUCGUGCUAUUUGCUCCAAUCCAAGUCAUUUUCAUUUGCCAAAAUCAAAGAUGGGUUUUCAUUCCUUGAUGAUGUCAAGGGUGUACCUCCUCUGUACAUUGCAGCUGUCGCUAUAUACCUGUUACCGAAUUUGUUAAAUGCAGCCUUAUUUGUUUUCCCCAUGCUGCGACGCUUCAUUGAGAAUUCUGAUUGGCAUAUCAUUAGGAUGUUCCUAUGGUGGUCACAGCCAAGAAUCUAUGUGGGAAGGGGAAUGCACGAAAGUCAAUUUGCACUUAUCAAAUAUACUCUAUUUUGGGUGCUACUUCUGGCUUCAAAAUUCUCAGCCAGCUAUUUUAUGAUGAUAAAGCCUAUGGUGAAGCCCACUAAAGACAUAAUGAACAUUCAGCGUGUUACUUAUACCUGGCAUGAGUUCUUCCCACAUGCUAAGCACAACUUUGGAGCUAUUGCUGCACUAUGGGCACCAGUUAUCUUGGUUUACUUCAUGGAUCUCCAGAUUUGGUAUGCCAUAUUCUCCACCUUGUAUGGGGGUUUUAUUGGAGCCUAUGAUCGUCUUGGAGAGAUUCGAACUCUUGGAAUGCUGCGGUCUCGUUUUAUGUCUUUGCCUGGUGCAUUCAAUACUCAAUUAGUACCAUCUGAUAAAGCUAAGAAAAAAGGAUUUUCAUUUUCAAAGAGCUUUGAUCAGGUCACUGCAAGUAAAAGAGGUGAAGCCACAAAAUUUGCACAGCUGUGGAAUGAUGUAAUAUGUAGCUUUAGAGAAGAAGAUCUCAUAAGUGACAGGAAAAUGGACCUGCUUCUUGUUCCUUAUUCAUCUGAUCCCAACCUAAAAAUAAUUCAGUGGCCGCCCUUCUUGCUUGCUAGCAAGAUUCCAAUUGCACUGGAUAUGGCUACUCACUUUCGCUACAAGGAUGCUGACCUCUGGAAGCGGAUAUGUGCUGAUGAGUAUAUGAAAUGUGCCGUGAUUGAAUGCUACGAGUCAUUUAAACUUAUCCUUAAUGCCUUGAUCACUGGCGACACUGAGAAAAGGAUAACGGGAAGAAUCAUAAAAGAAAUUGAAAAUAGCAUAUCAGAUUAUACAUUCCUUCAGAAUUUCAGAAUGAAGCCUUUGCCUGAUCUUUGCAAGAAAUUUAUAGAACUUGUGGAGAUAUUGAAAGACAGUGAUCCAUCCAAUAAAGAUAUUGUUGUUUUACUGCUGCAAGAUAUGUUAGAAUUAGUUACCCGUGAUAUGAUGGUGAAUGAGAUCCGUGAAAUUGCUGAAGUUGGUCAAGGUAGCAAGGAUUUCGGGAAUCAACUUUUUGCCAGUAUUGCUUUUCCUCCCCCAAAUACAGCACAAUGGGAAGAGCAGAUACGGCGCCUCUAUCUCCUCUUAACAGUUAAAGAAUCAGCAAUCGAUAUCCCAACAAACCUUGAAGCACGUCGGAGAAUAACAUUUUUCUCCAAUUCACUUUUUAUGAAUAUGCCACGUGCACCUCGAGUGCGCAAAAUGCUGUCAUUCAGUGUGUGUACUCCAUAUUACAGUGAGGAGACUCUCUACUCUAAGACUGAUCUUAGAAUGGAAAAUGAAGAUGGUGUUUCUAUCAUUUAUUACCUCCAAAGGAUAUAUCCAGAUGAAUGGGAUAACUUCUUGGAGCGUUUAAAUUGCAAAAGUUCCGAAAUAUGGGAAAAUGAAGAAAACGUACUGCAACUACGCCAUUGGGCCUCUCUGAGAGGACAGACUCUUAGCAGAACAGUCAGAGGGAUGAUGUACUACAGAAGGGCACUAAGACUUCAGGCUUUUCUUGACAUGGCUUCUGAAGAGGUACUACAAGAAGGUUAUAAAACGGUCAUAGAUCCAUCAGAUGAAGAAAGGAAGAGCCAAAGAUCUUUCUAUAAUCAAUUAGAUGCUGUAGCUGACAUGAAAUUCACCUACGUUGCCACCUGCCAGAAUUAUGGAAAUCAGAAACGCAGUGGAGAUCGCCGUGCAACAGACAUAUUAAAUCUGAUGGUUAAUCAUCCAUCUCUUCGUGUAGCAUACAUAGAUGAAGUUGAGGAAAGGGAGGGUGGAAAAAGCCAGAGGGUCUAUUACUCUGUUCUGAUCAAAGCUGUUGAUAAUCUUGAUCAGGAAAUUUACCGCAUAAAGCUACCAGGGCCAGCAAAGAUAGGAGAAGGUAAACCUGAAAACCAAAACCAUGCAAUCAUUUUUACGCGUGGGGAGGCACUUCAGACGAUCGAUAUGAACCAGGAUAACUACUUAGAAGAAGCUUUUAAAAUGCGCAACCUACUUGAGGAAUUCAACGAGGAUCAUGGGGUGCGACCGCCUACAAUCCUGGGUGUGCGUGAACAUAUCUUCACUGGGAGUGUUUCAUCGCUGGCUUGGUUCAUGUCACUGCAAGAAACAAGCUUUGUUACAAUUGGUCAGAGGGUUCUCGCCAGACCUUUAAAGGUACGGUUCCAUUAUGGACAUCCGGAUGUUUUUGAUCGGAUUUUUCACAUAACCCGUGGAGGCAUCAGUAAAUCUUCAAGGGGAAUCAAUCUCAGUGAGGAUAUAUUUGCUGGUUUCAAUUCAACGCUAAGACGUGGAAAUAUCACUCACCAUGAAUAUAUUCAAGUUGGGAAGGGAAGAGAUGUUGGUUUCAACCAGAUUUCACUUUUUGAAGCCAAAGUUGCUUGUGGUAAUGGGGAGCAGACACUUAGCCGUGAUAUCUACAGACUGGGGCAUCGCUUUGAUUUCUUCCGCAUGCUGUCAAGUUAUUAUACAACUAUAGGGUUCUACAUCAGCUCAAUGCUGGUGGUCCUUACAGUGUAUGCCUACUUGUAUGGUAAGCUAUAUCUUUCUCUGAGUGGAUUGGAGGAGACGAUAGUCAAGGUUGCCAGAACUAGGGGAAACGCUGGUCUCAAGGUAGUCAUGGCAUCACAAUCAAUUGUUCAAUUAGGAAUUUUGAUGUCACUGCCGAUGAUUAUGGAAAUUGGACUGGAGAGGGGGUUCAGAACAGCAGCUAGUGAUAUGAUAAUCAUGCAGCUUCAACAGUCAUCUGUGUUCUUUACUUUCUCUCUCGGGACAAAGGUUCAUUACUAUGGGCGAACAGUUCUGCAUGGUGGAGCCAAGUACCGAGCCACCGGGCGUGGCUUUGUGGUUAGACAUGAAAAAUUUGCCGAAAACUACAGAAUGUACUCAAGAAGCCACUUCACAAAAGCUCUAGAACUCAUGAUUUUGCUCAUCGUUUAUAAAGCAUAUAGUACAGCUGCAACUAACUCAAUGACCUACACGUUUGUGACAAUGUCAAUGUGGUUCCUUGUGGGAUCCUGGCUGUUUGCUCCCUUUCUUUUCAAUCCUUGCGGAUUCGAAUGGCAGAAGAUAGUGGAGGACUUUGAGGACUGGUCUAAGUGGAUGGGCAGCCGAGGUGGAAUUGGUGUUCCAGCAACCAAGAGUUGGGAGUCGUGGUGGGAUGAGGAGCAAGAGCAUCUCCAACACACAGGAUUUUUAGGGCGGUUGAUGGAAAUCCUCCUUGCUCUUCGUUUCCUGUUAUACCAGUAUGGAGUUGUGUAUCACUUGCACGUGGCCCAACGUAACACUAGUAUUUUGGUUUAUGCUUUCUCUUGGAUCCUAAUCGUUGGUGCCAUGAUAAUAUUCAAGGUUCUAUCAAUGGGGAGACAGAAGCUGAGCGCCGAUUUUCAGAUGGUUUUCAGGCUACUAAAACUAGCGGUGUUUAUCGCGUUGGUAGUGGCAAUUAUCCUGGCCAUAAAGUUCCUCGGGCUAACGGUGGGAGAUAUAUUUGCCAGUUUAUUAGCCUUCUUGCCAACUGGAUGGGCCCUUCUGCUGAUCGCGCAAGCAUGCAGGCCAACGGUGAAGAAGCUUAAGUUGUGGGGGUCAGUGAAAGGUAUGGCAAGAGGGUAUGAGUACCUGAUGGCGCUAGUGAUAUUCGCCCCCGUCGCCAUCUUGGCGUGGUUCCCCUUCGUGAUCGAAUUCCAAACACGCCUGCUCUUCAACCAGGCCUUCAGCAGAGGUCUCCAGAUCCAAAUGCUAUUAUCCGGCGGGAAGAAAGACAAGUGAGCGGCAGAGGGUUGAACAGCCUUGCAUGGAAUUCGUUUAGAUAUACAUUCAUGUUGAUUGAUUGAUUACUUAAUUCUUUUCAAUCUCAAUAAAUACUCAUAUUUUUUUCUUCUUUGUACCCAUUUUGUAUUACCGAAAUCCGGGAACAAAGGAAAUAAAGCCAUGGAGGAAUCAUCUCCACUUUAGUA